AUGUUUUCAGAUUUAGAAUGCGAUUAUAUUAAUCCUAUCGAUCUCUGUAAUAAACUCAACCAGUUUGUUUUACCCGAAAUGGGACUACAAGCAUUUGUAUUUUCCAUGUUUCUAGUAACAGGUCAUUGGUUCCCCAUGCUUAUCAAUUUACCCAUUUUAGUUCUUAACGUUAGAAAAGUCAUGAAUCGUACACAUAUGUAUGAUGCUACCGAGAUAUUCCGUACAUUGUCAAAACAUAAAAAGGAAUGUUUUAUUAAGCUUGGUUUCUAUGCUUUGUGUUUCUUUUAUUAUCUUUACCGUAUGAUUGUUGCUAUGAUUGCCACCAACUAG